AGCGUCUCUUGCGUUGCAUAGCAACCACUACCAAAAAGACAACGACCGUCACGUUUUGAGAACCACGCAGAUAUUAAUUAGUUAGCAGCACUUCACUUUUGGCUUGAAUUCGCCUCAUUAUUUUACUAGUCAACACCUGUGGAUAUGUUGAGGAAUAAGACGUUGCUAAGAACACAAGGCUUCACCGUGAAGGCCACUAUGAAGAACUCCGUGGUGGUGGGUCCCCCAGCUGCAGGGGCUUUUCGGAAGCGCCCUUCCAAACCGACCACCUUUCGCAAAUUCUACGAGCGUGGAGAGUUCCCGAUGGCACUGGAGCAUGACACUAAAGGAAACCGCAUUGCGUGGAAGGAGUUCCUUAGCAUCCUGCUCUUCUGUGUUUGGGAAACAGGCUUCGUACAGAUUAAUUUGUAAGCUAUGUGCAUGUAAAAGCAUCUUUUUGGUGUGCUCCGCUCCUGGUACCGUACGUGUAAAGGUUUGCCAAAGGGAUGAAGAGAGGAUGGACACAGGAAAAAGAGGAGAGGCAGGAAAAGUGGAGAUUGAGAAGCUGGAUUACCAUCACUACUUGCCCCUGUUCUUUGAUGGCUUAUGUGAGACUGUUCAUCCUUACGAGUUCUUCGCCCGCCAGGGAGUCCAUGACAUGCUAGAGCACGGAGGCCCUAAGGUCCAGCCCGUCAUCCCCCAGCUCAUCAUUCCCAUCAAGAAUGCCCUGAACACGAGGAACCGUCAGGUGAUCUGCACCACCCUGAAAGUCCUGCAGCAUCUGGUAAUGUCUGGCGACAUGGUGGGAGUGGCUCUGGUGCCCUACUACAGACAGAUCCUUCCCAUUCUUAACAUCUUCAAGAACAUGAACAUCAACUCCGGAGAUGGCAUUGACUACAGCCAGCAGAAGAGGGAGAACAUCGGCGAUCUGAUACAGGAGACUCUGGAGGUGUUUGAGCGCUACGGAGGAGAGGAGGCCUUCAUAAACAUCAAAUACAUGGUGCCCACCUACGAGUCCUGCUUGAUCAACUCAGGGGUCAUAUCACCUUGACGUGACCCGGACUUUUCACUUUGUUGACUCUCUUCUUUGUUUGCCUCCAUUGAUUAUAACUUUGAGUCAUUUUUUUUCUCCUUUGGUUCUGAACUGAUCUCUUUUAUCACUCAGAUCCAAUGCUCCUUCUUAUGCUCAGGAUGUCUUUUUAACCUCUAUUAACAGGAUGUAAUUUGUGUAAUUUCAUCUCUGUCGCUUGUGAAAAGCAAAACAAAGUAUGACAGAACAGAUUUGCCUUAUUAAAUAUACCAGUGUUUAAUAUAUUA